AUGGAAAGUAUUGGAACCGAACAAAUUAUAGAAUAUUUAAGAGAUGAAGUUGUUUAUAGAAUUGGGCAAGAAAAUUUUAAUAAUGGUUUAAUACAGUUAGAAUUUGUUGGUAAAUAUUUAGUUAAAUCAAAAGUUAAUGAAAAUUCAAAACAUAGAGUAAUGGUUGAGUUUAAAAGGGAUGGAUUAAUAAAGAAAUCGUUAUGUACUUGUAAGGAAUUUGAAUUUACAUCACCAUGUCACCAUGUAGCUGCAACUUGUUUCGAGUUAAUUGAUUUCAUGAGAAAUCAUCCAAAUAGAUUCAUAAGUAAUAAUACCCUAAUUCAAGAAUAUUCAUUAACAAAAUCAACCGAAUUGGCAGAUUUAGUAAAAGAAAUUUUUAUCGAUAAUCCAACAUUACUAUUCUCACCAAAAAAUUAUUUUAAUAUUAAUUUCAAUAACUUUAAUGGUAUUGAUGAAAGUAAUAAUAAAGUUUCAAAAAAUUUAUAA